UACACUAGAACGACAGAACCAUUCAAGAAGGAGCGGGUGCAAGCAAUAGUCGAUGCAGUACAAAUCGGCGACGACCUCAGUGCAGAAGAACGCGCGCGCGUCCAGCAACUCAUACGAGAAUACGCCGAUUGCUUUGCGCUAUCAAUAAAAGAGGUUACCCCGAUACCAGGUGCGGUCCAUACCUUGAACGUGCCGCCAGACGCUACCUUUUCGAAAAGGGUACACCAGAAGCCGCUAACGCCGCCGCAACGAGCGUACGUUCACAAGAAGAUCGAUGAAUUGAUCGAAGCCGGGGCGAUCGAACCAUGCUCGCCCAGCGAAGUCAAAUGCAUCGCGCCGAUCACGCUGGCGCACAAGGCCCAC